UGAAUCAAGUUAUUUUGAAACCGGCGAAAUACGAAGACGUGAGCGCGGAGCGGACUGUCGGCAUUUUCGCCGGCUAACACACCUUUCGAACGACGCGUAACGGUGGCCGGGCCAUAAAAUCGCCAUAAUCACGGGCAAUUCGAGUGCGUCGUGCUAAUUAUGCAAAGGCUGAGAACUAGCCGAAAAAUAAGGGGGGCCUGCCCAGUAAACCAGUUGAAGUUAAAUUAAACUAGUUUGUGAGUGCGUGUGAAAAGGCCAAGGAAUUUGGCCGAAAACAGACAAUAGCUAGGAGGCUGUAACUGCGGAGGAUUCAAGUCCAGAAGUUGCCCGACCAGUUUUCGGGCCUCUGUGUGCGUGAGCGUGUGUGUGUGUGGAUUAUUUGGAUUACCUUACCUUCUUUUGUGUGUUUGGUCGGUGCCUUGGGAGCGGAGCGAAUGAGGAGGAGCAGCUAGUGGCCGCCAGAGAAACGCCCGAGAGAUGCCCUUCGUCCAGCGCGUAGUGCAGCCCGUCAAUGUGGCCCAGGCCACGGCGGCCAGUUUGGGCCACGCCUCCGGCCGGUUCCACUGCACGCCGGGCAAGUGCCGGAACAACAACUGCAUCAACAAGCAGUCGCCGGACGGGGAGCUGCCCAAUGGUCACGGCUCACCCACAUCCCUUACCCGGGUGCUGGUUCAUCAGGCGGCGUCGGGGGCGACUUCGGAGGAGCAGCCAGUGCCCCCCGCACCGGCGCCCAUGAAGAAGCUGAAGCAGCACGUCGAGUUCCUGUCCACCUCGCCCACGCGCCACCAGUCGCAGUCGCUGCCCAACUCGCGGCACCCCAGCCAGCAGCGGCCGACGCUGGGCAGGAUCGCCAGCGCCCCCCAGUCGCCCACCGCCGGCUCCUCGAAGGUGGUGUCCGGCCACGAGUUCGACUCGAUCAGCAACAUCACACUGAGCAACGCCCUGCGGCAGCUGGCCAGCCUGGUCCUGAUCGCCAGCGACAUCUUCGACGACCUGCAGCGGGAUCUGCAGGCGGUGGGCGAGCGGGCCGGACGGGUGCAGCGCAAGAUUGCGGCGGUGGAGCGGCGCGUCUGUGCCUACGAUCCGAAAACGGUCACAGUUCCUGAAAGCGACCUGCUCACCUUUGCACAGCGCAAACAGCACUUCGAGACGGACAAGUCAUUCCAGCAGGAGCUCUUCACCGGCGACACGCGACCGCUGAGCGUCCGGCAGCUCUACACGGAGGCUGGUAAGGAGCUGCCGGUGGCCGCCGGAGCCACGGCGGUGGCCCUCGCCUCGCUGGCCCACUCCCAGUCGCUGAUCCCGUCCCGCUCCAUCUCCUUCAACGGCGAGGUUGUGUCCAGCGACCAUGAAGUCCUGCAGCUCAAUGGGUCCGCGGGAGCGGAGGAUCAACUGCUGUGCGUGUCGGAGUUUGGGAAUGCCAACCGCAAGCUGCGCACGCGCAUCGAUGCCGAGAUCGAGAUCCGUUUGCCCGCUGCCAUCGAGGAUCUGCGGAAGUGGACAUCCAGCGAGGCGCUGGGUGAUGUCACCGUCACGCCGGAUUGCAUGCACCACGUGGACACCUCGGUGAGCACCUCGCUGGUCAUCGGCGAGAACGGCAUCCUGACGCCAGCCCUCUCUCCGUCCGUCCUCUCCGCCGACGCCGUCGACGCCCUCUAUUCCCAGAACCUGAGCCAGGCGGCGGACAGCUCCCGGCACAACCACCAUCCGCAGGCCCUCAUCCCGAACGAUAUCAAUAAAGAUGUGCCUUUGAACCAUCGCUUGCCUUCACCCGAGGAACAAACCAAACAGAUUGCCUUAAAAUACCCCGCCGAAGUGAUUUCGGUGAACACCAGCGGGAAGCACUUCCAGCGAAUGUGUGCGGCGCGCAAGUCCACCAGCGGAGGAUACGCGGCCGGGACCACGGCCGGAUCCUCAAGCAGCACAUCGCCGGAGAGCGCCGGCCAGGCGGAUGGCAACAACCUGGACGACAAUGUGCAGACGGUCAGCCGGAGGUCAAGGUCCCGGAAAGUGCGCGGCAAACGGCGGAACACGAUAGCCGGUAUUGACCAGAAGGAGAUCCAGGAUGCGGCCAAUGGCAAUGGGGAGUCCAAGAAUGCCUCGAAUGCCACCUCGCCGGUGGCCCAGGCCCAUCAGCCGGUGGAUGCCACCUCGGUGGAGGCCAAGAAGUCGAAGAAGUUCGGACGCAGCAAGUCCAGCGACAUCUUAAAAAAGGAAUCUGCUGCCUUGCCCUACGACAAAGGCAAGAACACCCUCACCCGGCUCAACUCCCUCAAGCAGUGGGGUCGCAACCGCUUCAAGUUCAUGCAGCGCACCGGCGAGCUGGGCGACCAGCUGGACACCAGUGGCUGCAGCUCCCAGAACAGCUCCGCGGAGAAGGCGGACAGCCAGCAUGGAUCGCCAUCGGGCGAGCGGGAGAGUCCCAAGCGGGACAUCGACGACGAGUGUGUGGUGCACCACCUGGUGGCCCAGAAGAGUGAAUCUCGGUUUUCGCACGAACGAAAGCCCUCGUAUUCCUCCUCGGAGAAGAGCAUGAGUGUGUCGAGCAGUGGCCAGCUGCGGGGCCGACUGCAGCUCUCCUCCGGCUCCGGUCCGCUGGCGGCGGCGGCCCAUGUGAAGAUGCGCGAAACGGCCACGCUGAACAGGCAGCGGCGGAACGGACUGCAUGCCCUGGCCGGCAAGGAGGAGCAGCCGCACUCCUCGAGCGGCAACUGGAGUGCCAGCUCGGAGUCGGGGCGCGCCUCCAUUGGCAGCGAGAUCACCAUGCAGCCCAAGUCGAGUGCCUCGAGCACCUCGCUGAAUGUGUCCACAUUCCAGGCGGGCGGCGCGGGCAGUGGUCCACCCUCGUCCAUGUUGAGCAGAAGGCGUUUCCUGAACACCUCGGCCUCCAGCAGUGUGACCAGUGAGGGCACCGCCACGCCGGAGCUUCAGGCGGAGGCGGGUGCCUAUCCGGGUCAUCUGGACGACGAGACCAGUUCCGCCUACAGCUGCGACACCGAGGGCUACUACACCUCCUUCCACAUGGACAGUGGUCUGCGCACCCUGAAGGAGGAGGAGCCGUCGCCCAUGCCGGGCACUCCGCUGCAGACGAGCCUGCACACCAGCAGCUACUCCUUUGGCAGCCAGUCCAACCAGACGGUGCUCAAUGCGGAGAGUGAGUACGAGCUCUUUGGCCGCGGGUCCACCUCCACCACGACCAGUUCGGCGGGCACCGUGUGCACGGCUCUGCUGAGUGGAGCCGCCUCUGGGCCGGAUGUGCCCGAGCGGAGCAGCUCGCUGGGCAAGCACAGCGGUCAGAGCCGGAGCCACAGCCAGAGCACCAGUGCCAGCAGCAGCACGCUGGAGCGGAGCUACAGCAGCAGCACCAUAGGCAGCACUCUGGAGCGAACGGGAACGAUCAAGCGGAAUGUGAAAAUGUCGCCAACCAAGGGUGAGUCUCUGGAGAAGGAGGACGGCCAGCAGGAGCAGGAUGAUCGCCAGCAGCAGCUGGAGUUCUCCGAGAGCUCUGACCUGGAGGGCGUGGAGCGCAUAGAGCGGAUUAAGCAGAAGACGGCCAUUAGCUCGAAGAGGAUACCCUCGAUGUGCAUCAUCACACCAACGACCAGCGACGAUGAUGAGCACCAGGCCAUGGAUCCCAAUCGCACGCUGACCAGCAGCCUGACCAUCGAGGUGGACCACAACGAGGAGGAGGCCGACGAGGAUGAACCCGAGCAGAAGACGCCCACGAACAGCAAGGACCACAACCUCAACGAGCUUAAGCAGACGCCCACGAAAGCUCUGAGCGGCAUGUUCGAAAAGCUCCGGGUGAAAUUGGUCCCAGGCAAAAGCUCUCCACCGCAGAACCAAAGUCAGACUCAAAUUCAAAUUCCGAUUCAAACGAUGGCCAAGCCCGCCAAUGCGAGUGCCGUGAAUGACGACGAGCUGUACGAUUUGGCCGGCGAGUACGUCACCAUAGCAGACAUCAGCAACAACAAUAACAACAGGAACAACAAUAACAGCCGACGAAACACUGGAAUGGGUAUAUACUAUUCCAGUGACAUAGUUUCCAAGAGAAUUCAACCCUCGCCUGCCACUGUCGCCGAGUACGUUUCGCUGAACGAGCUGCCCCAGCACUUGCGUCGGCAUGCGGUCUCGUCGAGAUCUCCGCCGGAGAGCGAGUCCUGCGCACAACAACAGUUGGCAGCUGCUGCUGCUGCUGCUGCUGCUGAUAGCCAACCACCCCAGCCACCCCAACCACCAUCCCUCGAGGGUAGGACAAAGGGCGAAGGGGUGCCCAUGUAUGCGGAAAUCGGCGAGCUGAGCGAGGAGAAGCCACUGGCAUCGGCAUCGGCAUCGGCCAACCGACGACUGCGCCCGAACGCCGAGGGGAAACUGGUCUACGACUCCGACAGUCUGAAGCGGCGCAAGGGCGCACACACCACCUUCGCACCUGGGCCGUACGUGAAGGAAACCGAAAGUGCGCUCCACAGUGCAGAAAGUGCAGCGGCGGCGGCAGCAUCAUCAUCAUCAUCAUCAUCGACGACACAGGAUACCCUAACAGGAUCAGGAUCAGGAUCAGUCACCAAGAGUGCCAAACUAUUGCUCCUCAGCGGCGGCGGACUUAUCGCUGGCAAUCGCAAGGUGGCCAAUGUGAGGCCCAUUCUGUCCAAAUCGCCGCUCAGCAGGAACACCAACGGCGGCAUGGCCACAUACCAGGCCACCACCGGCAGCAGCUACCAGGAGCAGAAGCAACUGCUGGCCAACCGCACCAAUCCCUUCUACGAGACCAUUGCCGCACCCGUGGCCAGUCUCAUGAUGAUGCCCUCGCCCUCGGGCAAAUCCAACUCGUCGACGGGCUCCACGGCCACCAGUUCCUCCUCAUCGGCAUCGGGCCACUCCGGUGAAGAAGGGUAUCAACGUUUCUCUAAUAUCUAUGAGCAAGUGCAGCCAGCACCGAGCACCCAGCCAAAGGAAGAUGCGACUGCCACGCCCUUCCAGCGCAGUGCGCCCAUCUACUGGACGCUGCAGAGUCGUCGCAGUCAGCCCAGGCCACAGCCCACGGGCAACGUGACCUGCCGGGAUGAUCUCUAUGCCACGCCCAUUCGCCGGGCCGACCGCCUGCCACGCCCAGCGGCUGCAGCGGCGAGCGCAGCAGAGGGCUCGAGGAGCAACAUAUCGCCAAUCGUGCCCAGGAACCGAGCCGGCGCCUUCCUCACCUCCACGCCCACGAGGGGCGGCGAGGGGGAUGCGGAGACCAGCCAAGUGCCACCCAUGAAGCAGCCGUCGCGCAACUGGAGCGACGAUGCCCCCGAACGGCUCAACACCUGUGCCGACCGCAUUGGCCAGAGCAAGACCACGCUAAUGGACUUCAAGAAGCUGCUGCUUGCCAAGUCCGCCAAGGCGAGUCCGGUCCAGCGGAAGGUGUCCGCCGUGGAGCUGCUGAAGAAGACCACCCAGGCCGCACCAAGCCCCGUUCCCGCUCACGCUCCCGCUCCGAAGACCUCUGUUGCUGGGCAGAAAGCACCAUCAACUGGCAGCAAGCCCACGAUCAACAGCAGCCUCAAGCUGCUGGAUCUGAGUGGCUCACCCAAAACGUUCGCCAACCGGAGGAUGCUGCGCCAGGGUCAGUUCGGAUCGCCCUCCAAGACCUUCGCCCCCAAGAUGCGGGGUCCCGUGAAUGUGGUGGCUGCUGCAGCGGCACCGUCGCGAACGGACAUUAUGUCCACCACCAUUCCGGAGGCGAAUAGCGAGGAGGACCAGUCCAACACCAGCGGAGGAUCGCGGGCCAGUUCGGAGGCGGGCGAGACCACAACGCCAUCCAGCUUCGACCUCAAGCGGAACUUCUUUCUGCAGACCGAGGAGAACAACUUCAUGCGCGGCGAACUGAAGCCCAGCUUUGCCCGGGCAAAUGGAGCAGCUGGAGGAGUUGGAGGAGUUGGAGGAGCUGGAGGGGCUGGCGCCGAAGGCAACAAGUACGUGGCAGCUCCAGUGGCCAAUCCCCAGCUGCCCUCCUUCGAAACGGCGCUGUAAAGUGGGUCUAACCCACUGCUUAAGCCAGCGAUAAUACAUAUUCCAUAAGAAACGACCCCAUAAUCGAGAUGAGCCAUGAGCCAUGAGCACUGAGCAAUGAGCAAUGAGCAAUUCCCUUCCGUAGCCAAGCCGAAACUGCAUUUAUUGACGGACGGAAACGAGUCAGAAGCGAUGCUACUUUAUGCAACAUAUACAUAUAUCACUAUAUAUAUAUAUAUAUACAACACCUUAUACAAUAAACUGUAUUUUUUAAAUUGUGCUGCUUGUAUAAACGGAGAUGUUUUAUACACGAAUACGAAUCGUCGUCUAUACACCUACAAUAUAUUUAUUUGUAAUUUUACGUUAUUUAUUGCAAUUAUGUAUUACGCCACACGCAUUGCUCUUUGUUUUGUAGUACAACUCUUGUACGUCUACGAACUGAUGAGAAUCGCUUAAAAAUAAAAAAAAAACCACAUUGGAUAACACA